AUGGCGUCAAAAGAUGAGACUCUCGGACAGACAAAGCAACGUCAUAAACUAGAAUUACGCACAUUGCAAGCUGAUGUUAAGACGUUUCAAAAGAAGGCCAAGAAAGACCGAAUGAGUAAGAAAGAAAUUGACAUUCAGGUGGAGAAUAUGGAGAAAGCUGUGAAGGAGCGACAUGACCAAGAGCUUAAAGCAUUUGAGACAAAGACAAGCGUCUCAGAGAUCUCCACAAUGCAGUCGGAUGAUAAUGCCAAUGAGGCUGUUGGAAUGACGAAACAAACAAAAGCACAAGCGAAAGCACAUCGUAAACGAGAAGCAAGAAAAGAGCAAGAAGCCGAACGUCGUAAACGCAUUGAAGAAGCCAAUAAGACGAUUGUCAGUGAGCGACAGAUUGAGGCUGAUCUGAUAUUGGCACAAUUAGCGAGAUAUGGACUCAAGAUUAAAGACAUUCCGUCCGAUGGACAUUGCAUGUAUCACGCCGUUGCGGACCAGAUAAAGCAAAAGAGCUUACUUGUUGCUGAUGAAAUGGCAGGAUUCCAGUAUCUACGCAAACUUACUAGCGAGUAUAUGCUUGCCCACCCCGACGACUUUUUGCCUUUUAUGGCGCUUGACAAGAGCGUUGACGGUGCUGAUGACGCAUUCACGUCCUAUUGCGACCGAGUGGCUACUACAGCAGAAUGGGGUGGACAACUGGAGCUUCGAGCUUUGGCAUGUGCCCUUCGAACGCCUAUCGAGGUGUUCUCGGCCGAGCGCGAUGUGCUGGUGAUGGGUGACGAGUUUGUUGGUGAUGGCGAUGAAAAUAUGCCAAUGCUGCAGUUGACUUACCAUCUACACUAUUACACCCUUGGUGAGCAUUUCAAUUCCGUUACACCGUUAUAG